CGUACGUGCUUCCGGGUCAUCGCACGUGUAAACGCAGACAACAGUUAUGGAGCGUGUUCAACCGUUCGUGAGUUUAAUAGAAUUUUACUUUGAAAUCGGCUUGAAAUACAAAGACAUUAAAUCUGUUCUUGAUGUUAAGUACGGUUUCCAAAUAAGUGAAAGACAUUUGAAGCGAGUGCUGAACCAAAGAGGACUAUUUCGUCGGAAAACGUUCAAUGACUUGGCAGUCCUGGUUGACUUCAUUCGCAACCAAUUGCAGCAUUCCGGACAAUUACACGGUUACAGGUGGAUGUACAGUAAGUGCAGAGAAUAUGGACUUCUUGUCAGGAAAGAGGACGUUCGUCUGGUCCUGAAAGAGUUGGAUCCGAGAGGAGUGUCGUUAAGGCAAGCAAGACGUCUGAGACGGCGAAACUACUUCUCCAAAGGGCCCAAUUUUAUAUGGCACAUGGACUCCUAUGACAAACUGAAACCAUUUGGAAUUUGUAUCAAUGGGGCUAUUGAUGGUUUUUCAAGGAACAUAAUGUGGCUCAAUGCCUACAUAACAAGUAGUGACCCAAAGUUGAUUGGGGGUUACUACAUCGACGUUGUGCACCGUUUGGGGGGUUGUCCUCGAAUCGUUCGAGCUGAUCUUGGGACUGAAAAUGGUCACGUCAAAGGCUUUCAGCGUUUCCUCGUGCCAAUACCGCCAGGCAGCACUCUUGACAGUUACUUGGAUGGAGCCAGCACCACCAAUCAAAGAAUUGAAUAUUGGUGGCGGUUUCUUCGCAGCCAGUGCAUGGAGUUCUGGUUAUCCCUCUUCACAGACCUCAGAGACAAUGGCUUCUUUGAUGGUGGAUUUCUGGACAAAAACAUCCUACAAUUUUGUUGCAUGGGACUUAUUCAGGAUGAGUUGGAUGACACGGCCCUAGUUUGGAACAGCCAUCUCAUCAGGCCCUCAAAGAACAUGAAUGUCCCCAGUGGUCGGCCCAACGUGAUGUAUACGUUACCUGAACUUUAUGGUACAACGGACUUCCUCUCCCCGGUUGACAAUGAACAAGUUCAACUGUGCAAAAGCCAGUGUGUGUUUCGUUUGACCAUGCCUUGUGAUCCAGAUUAUUAACACCUUUGCUAGAUACACUUCUUUGCUUGAUGUUUGUUCUUGUUUUGAGUUUUUUGAAUAAGUUGGUACCUCUUAAUUCAUAGUUGCUUUCUCGAAUUUCAAAAAACUUCUGAAUGUUUUGGCAGAGCAGGUUAUUGUGUGCUUUGUACAUUAAUUGGGCGAUUUUAAAGUCAACCAGGUCAUAAAAUUUCAUCGUAUUUAAUUUGAUAAAUAGUGGAUUUGUGGGUUCCGUAUAUUUUGAUCUAUUAAUAAUUCGAAUUGCUUUUUUUUGUAGUUUGAGAAUAGGGAGUGUGUUUGUUUUGCAGGAAUUCCCCCAUAUUUCCACACAGUAGGUCAUGUAUGGUAAUAAUAAUGAAGUGUAUAAUGUGUACAAAGAUCUCUUAUUUAGCACUUCCUUGGUUUUGUAGAGGAUCCCUACGGUCUUGGCUAUUUUUCUUUUUACGUUAUCGAUAUGUGGUUUCCAACAUAGUUUUGAGUCUAUUACUAAUCCGAGAAACUUGCUUUCAUACGCUCUUUCUAUUUCAAUUGAGUUUACCAUAAUUUUAGCUUGGUGUUUGAUUGGUCUUGUGCCAAAAACAAUUGACUUUGACUUUUUCAGGUUAAGUGACAAUUUAUUUCUGUCGAACCAGUUUUUUAAUUUGUUUAAUUAGUUUUCUACGGUUGUCAGGAGCUGUUUCAGAUUUAUUCCAGAACAGUAGAAAGUUGUAUCAUCAGCAAAUAGGACACAUUUAAAUAGUUUUGAGACCUUGCAGAUAUCAUUUAUAUAUAAGAUGAAUAGUUUUGGACCAAGCACUGACCCCUGAGGUACUCCGUGAGUGAUUUUCAGUUGAUUCGUUUUUUUAUUGUUGAGUUGCACGUACUGAUAUCUGUUUUCUAAAUAACUUUUUAUCCAUUUAUAAGCUACACCUCUAAUGCCAUAUCUUUCUAGUUUUUUCAAUAAUAUACUGUGAUCUAUUGUGUCAAAAGCUUUUUUUAGAUCUAGGAAAACCCCAACAGUAAAUUCUUUGUUGUCUAUAUUAGUGGCUAUUGCUUCCACAAACUCCAUAACUGCCAUUGAGGUGGUCCGUUUUUCCCUGAAGCCAUAUUGAUUCUCACUUAACAGCGCAUGCUUUUGUAUAAAACUAUCAAGUCUGCGAGAAAAUAGUUUUUCUAAUAUUUUUGAAAAUUGUGGUAGUACUGUAGUGAUAUUGGUCUAUAAUUUGUAAACAGAUGUUUUUCUCCACUUUUAUAGAUUGGAAUAACUUUAGCAAUUUUCAUUUUUGAUGGAAAGAUACCAGCUUUGAAUGACAGGUUGCAUAUGUGCGUGAAAGGUCGCACUACAUAUUCUAUAAUCUGCUUGAUUAUUGUCAUAUCAAUAUUAAAGCAAUCAGUUGACUUUUUAUUUUUAAAA